CGGGACAGGAACCCAAGUCCUCCACCCCGCUUCCGGCGAGAGCGACAGGGCCGCGCCCCCGGAAUUCCUCCACGAGGCCCCGCCCCUGCUCCGGAAGCACUCUUGGCGACUGGAGGGUUCUGGGUCUGUUCGUCAGCGCCGUUUCCUUUUCGUCCGACAUCUUAGUGAGGCUCAUGUGGUAACGCUGCUCUCCGAGCGUCGUUAUGCCGCCCAAGGACGACAAGAAGAAGAAAGAUGCCGGAAAGUCGGCCAAGAAAGACAAAGAUCCAGUGAACAAAUCUGGGGGCAAGGCCAAAAAGAAGAAGUGGUCCAAAGGCAAAGUUCGGGACAAGCUCAACAACUUAGUCUUGUUUGACAAAGCGACAUACGACAAGCUCUGUAAGGAAGUUCCCAACUAUAAGCUUAUAACCCCAGCUGUUGUCUCUGAGAGACUGAAGAUCCGAGGUUCCCUGGCCAGGGCAGCCCUUCAGGAGCUCCUUAGUAAAGGACUUAUUAAAUUGGUCUCAAAGCACAGAGCUCAAGUAAUUUAUACCAGAAACACCAAGGGUGGAGAUGCCCCAGCUGCUGGUGAAGAUGCAUGAAAAGGUCCCACCAACUACACUUUGAAAAAUAAAACUUUAUUAAAUCAA